CAAACAUUAGAUAUAUAACCACAACAUAGCAUAAAAAGUUUCAUUCACUUAUUCAUACUUAGCCAUGGCUAGUUCUUUAAUGUUAUGUUGCAGUUACAUACUAAUGAUAAAUUUGUUUGUGGGUUUUGAUUUAGCUUAUGCUCAACCAAAAAGAGCUUUUUUUGUUUUUGGUGAUUCAGUAGCAGACAAUGGCAAUAAUAAUUUCUUAACAACCACAGCUCGUGCAGAUGCUCCACCAUAUGGCAUUGACUUCCCUACACACGAACCCACUGGACGUUUUUCUAAUGGCCUAAAUAUUCCUGACCUAACUAGUGAGAGACUUGGUUUAGAACCAUCUCUUCCUUAUUUGAGUCCCUUAUUAGUUGGUGAAAAACUUUUAGUUGGUGCCAAUUUUGCAUCAGCAGGUGUUGGAAUUCUCAAUGAUACCGGAUUUCAAUUUCUACAAAUCAUCCACAUUGGCAAGCAAUUGGAUCUAUUCAAUCAAUACCAGCAAAAAUUAAGUGCACAAAUUGGUGCAGAGGGAGCUAAACAACUAGUCAACAAAGCAAUUGUACUCAUCAUGCUUGGAGGCAACGAUUUUGUCAAUAAUUAUUAUUUGGUCCCAUUUUCAGCUAGAUCUCGCCAAUUUUCUCUUCCAAACUAUGUCACCUAUCUCAUAUCUGAGUACAAAAAAAUUCUGCAGAGACUUUAUGAUUUGGGAGCUCGUAGGGUUCUUGUUACGGGCACAGGACCAAUGGGGUGUGCACCUGCUGAGUUAGCCUUGAAAAGUAGAAAUGGUGAUUGUGAUGCGGAACUCAUGAGAGCUGCGUCCUUAUAUAAUCCACAACUUGUUCAAAUGAUCACACAACUCAACAGAGAGAUUGGUGAUGAUGUCUUCAUUGCUGUUAAUGCACAUAAAAUGCACAUGGAUUUUAUUACCAACCCUAAAGCUUUUGGAUUUGUUACAGCAAAGGAUGCUUGUUGUGGUCAAGGGCGAUUCAACGGGAUUGGACUGUGUACACCUAUUUCAAAAUUGUGCCCAAAUCGAAACCUUUAUGCAUUUUGGGAUGCAUUUCAUCCAUCUGAAAAAGCUAGCAGAAUCAUAGUCCAACAGAUGUUCAUUGGAUCCAACCUGUAUAUGAACCCUAUGAAUCUUAGCACUGUUCUCGCCAUGGAUUCCAUGGUUUGAUUCUAGAUAUCUCUAGCUGGGAUUAAUUAAGUUACAAUAUGUGUAUGUGUUACCAUUUAUUUAGUCCCUAGCUAGAGUGAUUUGUGGUACAAAAUAUGCUAGCUUGUUUAUCCUAAAUUUCUAUUGCCAGUAAUCAGAUGUUUUAUUCUUUGGUGUGAGCUAGCUUUAUAUGCAGCUCUUAAAUGUAUUGCGAAUUUUCAAAUUAUGGGCAAAUGAGUUUACUAUUGUUCAUAAUAAAAA